AUGGCGCCCAAGGCCCGCAGCCCUGCUGCUGCUGCAGCAGCAGCAGCAGCAGCAACUAGUGAGGCGGCCUUGGAGGUGGUUCCCGCCAAGGCUCAGAAGAAGCAGAAGAAGGCCCCCUCCGCCCAGCAACCAGCUGCUGCAGCAGCAGCAGCAGCAGCAGCUGCUGCUGCUGCUUCCCCGAGCGCUGCUGCGCAGCAGCCGGAGUCGAAGAAGGAAAAGAAUAAAAAAGAAAAACAAAAAAACCCAGAGUCGGGGGGCCCCCCAGAAGCGGCAAGCAGUGGGGGCCCCCCUGAGGGCCCCGGGGGAAAGCCCAAGAAGGGGCCCCAGCAGGGGGCCCCUCCCCGGGAGAGUGCUGCAGAAAUUGAGGAAAACAAUGAAAGUGGCUGA